AUGUUGUACGAUGUCACAAAAAAGAGUGUUAAAGCCCAAAAAGAGGAAGGCAAAACUCUAUACUAGGCCCGUUAAGGCAAUAACCAAUCUUUAGAGAACUUGGGUCCAAUUAACCAAACCCGCAACGGUCCAUUAACUGUGGCCACAUCCACACGUGCAUGUCCUUCUCCGAUUUACGAGCGCACCGUAUUCCUCCAUUAUUUGAGACCGAAAAAUGACGGUGGAGGUUGUUCCGCACCGGAAUGGCGUCGUUCUUGGCAACGGAGAUCUGAGCAACGGUAACUCUAACCGCAGCGUUGGCUCCAAGAAGUCUCGCGAGAACGAACGCCGUCGUCGCAGGCGCAAGCAGAAGAAGAACAACAAGGCCUCCCAGACGCAAACGGACUUUGCCAACGGCACCGAUGGCGGAGAUAGUGAUGCCGGGGACGAUGAUACUAAUGAGAACGCUAAUCCUCAAAAGGUUGUGGAGCCAGUUGUGGUUGAGUAUGUUCCAGAGAAGGCCGAGUUAGAUGAUGGUAUGGAUGAGGAAUUCAGGAAAGUCUUUGAGAAAUUCAGCUUUCAGGAAUCUGUUUCUGAGGAUGUGGAGAAAAAGGAUGAGUCUGCUCUGGGUGAAGACCCAAAGAAGAAUGCUGAUUCUGAUUCAGAUGAGGAAGAACAGGACAACCAACCGAAAGAGAAAGGUGGUCUGUCAAAUAAGAAGAAAAAGCUUCAAAGACGAAUGAAGAUUGCUGAACUCAAACAAAUAUGCUCAAGGCCUGAUGUUGUUGAGGUGUGGGAUGCAACUUCAGCAGAUCCUAAGUUGCUGGUUUUUCUUAAGGCAUACCGAAACACUGUUCCCGUGCCAAGGCAUUGGAGUCAGAAGAGAAAAUAUCUGCAGGUUAGUAAUCCUUGCGCUGAGAUGUGUGUUAUGGGUCAAAUAUGUAUGCAGUAUUGGGGAACGGCUGUGACAACCAUGGAGCCUGGAAUUGGGAAACGUGGUAUUGAGAAGCAACCUUUUCAACUUCCUGAUUUCAUUGCUGCAACAGGAAUUGAGAAGAUCAGACAGGCUUAUAUUGAAAAAGAGGACAGUAAGAAGUUAAAGCAAAAGCAACGUGAGCGAAUGCAGCCGAAGAUGGGAAAAAUGGAUAUUGACUAUCAGGUUCUUCAUGAUGCAUUUUUUAAAUACCAAACAAAGCCAAAGCUGACAUCUCAUGGAGAUCUCUAUCAUGAAGGAAAAGAAUUUGAGGUAAAGUUGAGAGAGAUGAAACCAGGCACUCUCUCACAUGAACUAAAAGAAGCACUUGGUAUGCCAGAAGGUGCUCCACCUCCGUGGCUUAUCAACAUGCAGAGGUAUGGUCCUCCUCCAUCAUACCCACAUCUGAAAAUACCUGGGCUGAAUGCUCCCAUCCCUCCUGGAGCUUCUUUUGGUUAUCAUCCUGGUGGCUGGGGCAAGCCUCCUGUAGAUGAAACUGGGCGUCCUUUGUAUGGAGAUGUUUUUGGUGUUCAUCAACAAGAACAACCCAACUAUGAGGAAGAACCUGUUGAUAAGACCAAGCACUGGGGUGAUUUGGAGGAAGAAGAAGAAGAGGAAGAAGAGGAGGAAGAGGAAGAAGAGAUAGAGGAAGAGGAGCUAGAAGCUGGCAUUCAAUCGGUGGAUAGCCUUUCAAGCACUCCUACUGGCGUUGAGACACCUGAUGUCAUUGACCUUCGUAAGCAGCAAAGAAAGGAGCCUGAGAGGCCUCUUUACCAGGUACUUGAAGAAAAAGAGGAGAGAAUUGCUCCUGGGACUUUGCUUGGAACAACACACACGUAUGUGGUCAACACAGGCAACCAAGAUAAAAAUGCAGCCAAAAGGGUUGAUCUUCUUAAAGGUCAAAAAUCAGAUAAAGUGGAAGUCAGUCUACAGCCAGAAGAACUGGAAGUCAUGGACAAUGUUUUGCCUGCAAAGUAUGAGGAAGCUAGGGAAGAGGAGAAACUACGUAGCCAGCGUGAGGAUUUCAGUGAUAUGGUUGCCGAGAAUGAGAAGAAAAGGAAGCGGAAGAUGCAAGAAAAAGACGGGAAAUCUAAGAAGAAGGAUUUCAAAUUCUAGGGAGGCAAAGAUUUUGAAAUGUAAUUCUGCUGUGAUGAUAUAUAUAUGAAAUCAGUAGCUACCCCGCUUCAUCAAUCGUAGUUUGUAUUGUGAUGCAAAAAUCGAGCCCUCGAAGCAUUUUCAUUUUCAUUUUUUUCUUUUUUAAUUAUGAAGCACUGGGGGCUUGUUUAAUGGUAAACCAGAGAGCAGAAAACGUUGAGGUUUCAAACCUGAAUUGUUUUUUCUGGAAAAUUGCAAUUUAUGGUUUAUGUUGACUGAAAUAUUUGUCAGAUUUG